ACUUGUCCUAGAAUGAAGAUAGCAACCUUUCUUUUUAUCAUCAUAUUUUGUCAGGUAUUUAGUUCUGGUUUUUCUUGUACUGAUCUACAAAAAACAAUUACGAUUGUUCCGGAUUGCCCUCGUUCUGAGGCGGAGUGGAAUGUAGCAGCUAUACGUAAGAAAUGUGACUCCGUCUGUCCCACGUCAAGGUAUCACUGCCUCAUCACCAAGGAAAUGACAGCUACUGUAGAAGUCUGCGCUGAACCGAUGUUCAUGCAAGGUUUCUGUGCAUAUUUCAAUGUUUACGAGAACCGAAUAUGUAACCUGUAUGCUGCAGACUGUAAUAAAUUUACCACUCCCUGUCCAACACGAUAUCAUUCGACUGAAGCUUUUAAGUAUCCUGCAUGUUAUGAUCUUAUUAAGGUAUAUGCAACUGUCGCUCCGAAUCGUAGUCCUACAAACAUGUCGACGAAUUCCACAUUCGGAUCUUCUGAAAGCAUAAGUAAAUCUGUUGACACUGAUGAUACCUCUAUUUUACCAAUUAUCCUACCUGUAAUUAUUGUAAUCCUCAUCAUUAUUGGAAUAGGCAUAAGUAUUUUAGUAUGGAAAAGAAGAAAAAGACCCACACAGACCAAUCAAGGACUGGAUCUCGAGCAAAGACCACUUUCAUUAGACAAUACACAUCACUUGGAAGAAAGAGAGAAAUUGUUAGAAGAUAUAGAAGAUAUAGAAAACGAAAAAGAGAGGAAGCAUAAUGCAGAGAUUGAAGAAUUGAAAAGGCAAUAUGAUGCUCGAUUAGAGGAAAUGUUUAGAGAGAUUAAAAUGUUACAACAACAGAAAGAAAUGCAGGAGGAAGACAAAAUUGCUUUAAUGAAGAAGGUGAUAGAGAAAAAUCAAGAAUGCAAACAACUUAAUAACAAAUUACAGGAGGCAAAGGGAAAUAUUCGGGUACUCUGUCGAAUAAGAGAUUGUGAUGGCCCAAAGUGCAUAACAUCGGACAGCAAGGCUGUUAAACUGAUCGAAACUGAGAAAAAGUACACUUUUGAAAGAGUUUUUGGAGAAAAGAGCACGCAGGAGGAGGUUUACAGCGAAAUACAAGAGUUAAUCAGGAGUUUUCUUGAUGGAUUCAAUUUGUGUAUAUUUGCGUAUGGACAAACUGGUUCUGGUAAAACAUACACAAUGGAGGGAGCAAACUGGAAUAAUAAAACAGGAGAUGAAAGCCUGGGAAUAAUACCCAGAGCAAUGAAACAAGUGUUUAAAGAUAUUGAGGAACUGAAAGUUUGUGGGUGGAAGUAUCAUUUAAAAGCAUCGUAUAUGGAACUCUACAAUGAAAAAAUUCGUGACCUAUCAAAAGGGGCCACUGAUAAUGAGAUCCAUCAAAUCGGGUUUCCAGAUGGAGAUAAGGGCAAAGCAGAAGUGAAAAAUCUCACUGAAAAAGACGUUUGUGAUGAACAAGAGGUAUUGAAAUUUUACGAAAAAUGUUCAAAAAAUAGAACUUCGGCAAAAACAGAGAAAAAUGAGAGAUCCUCAAGAAGCCACGCUAUAUUUAGAUUGGAAAUGACGGGAAAGGUGGAGGAUGUGGAGGGUAGACGAGAUACCUGUUCAGGUACACUAACCCUAGUAGACCUAGCUGGCAGUGAGAAGCUAGCUGCCUCCGCCACAAAAUCUACAGGUCAAGAAACAAAAAAUAUCAACCUUAGUCUUUUGGAACUUACUAAAGUUUUGCGUAGUCUGCGAUCAAAGGAUUCAUUUACAUCAUACCGAAAUUCCAAACUUACACUUUUGCUGAAAAAUUCACUGGGAGGAAACAGUAAAACACUAAUGAUUGUAAAUGUGAAUCCUUCCAUCGAGUGUCAAAAUGAAACACAGAGGUCUCUGGAGUUCGGGAAGGAGGUCAGUAAAGUUGUACUCGAGAAUGCUCCGAAGAAGAAUAAAUAAUCAGAUUAAAUCUGUCAAGCACUUUUGUGGUUGUAUGUUAUUUACGUCCUUUACCAUCUUAAAUAAGAUGAUAAUUCAGUCUGUGAUGAACUUAUAUAUUGGAUUACUGGACAGAUAAAACUGUUUCUAUAUGUAUGUUGGUGAAAAUAUUAAUGAUAUCCGUCUAAACGUUUAUUAAAGCUUAUUUGUUGUAAGCAAUGUUUCCUUUGAUUUAUAUAAUCUUUUAUCAUUAUUAGUUUUAUUUGUUCACAUUUGUUAGAGGUGUAUUUUUUCAGCAAGUAAACCCAACGAAAAUGUAGCCAGAAUUUGUCAAAACAUUGUUGCAAGCAUUCACAUUAACCAAUCAACUAGUGGCCAUAAUUGCUCCAAUCGAAAAUCUUCUGAAGUAAAUGAACCGUGAUAGUUUAAAAUUUUCAAUGCUCCAUUUCGAGCAACUCUAGUAGGGACUCUCCAUUAGAAAGAGUUAAAAUCAUGAUAUCCCUUUGAGAAAAAUAAAUGCACAAUGAAGUCUA